UCCUGUCAAUCAAACUGCCUGAUCUUUGUUCUGAUGAAGCAUCGUUCAGGCUGCUCCCGGUGACGUCCUGAGCUGAGCGAUGGUGGAUUUGUCCGAAAGUGGUGCAGUGUCGCCCGGACACAGCAGACACGGACAGGGCUCCGGCUCCGGUAUUAACGGGAAGAAGACGUCGAAAAAGUCGCGAACGAGAAGAGGCAAACGAGGCAGGCGAAGAAGGAAUAAAAAGAACAACAGGAACAACAAAACGCCGCCACCGUAUUUACCACCGGAGGCUGAAGAAGGAAACAUUGAGUAUAAGCUGAAGUUGGUGAACCCCACGCAGUAUCGCUUUGAGCACCUGGCCACGCAGCUGAAGUGGCGUCUGCAGGAGGGCCGCGGCGAGGCCGUCUACCAGAUCGGAGUGGAAGACAACGGCCUGCUGGUCGGCCUGACCGAGGCUGACAUGAAGGCCUCGCUCAGGACCUUAAAGAGGAUGGCGGAGAAAGUCGGGGCUGACAUCACUCUCCUCCGAGAGAGGGAGGUGGACUACGACUUGGACGGAAACACUCGGAAAAUCGCAGAAGUCCUCGUUCGAAAAGUUCCUGAUGAUCAGCAGUUCCUGGACCUGCGGGUGGCUGUGCUGGGGAACGUGGACUCCGGGAAGUCAACCCUGCUGGGCGUCCUGACGCAGGGCGAGCUGGACAAUGGGCGCGGCAGGGCGCGGCUCAACCUCUUCAGACACCUGCACGAGAUUCAGACUGGACGCACCUCCAGCAUCAGCUUCGAGAUCCUGGGCUUCAACAGCAAAGGAGAGGUUGUGAACUACAGCGAGUCCCGGACGGCUGAGGAGAUCUGUGAGAGCUCCUCCAAGAUGAUCACCUUCAUCGACCUGGCCGGACACCACAAGUACCUGAAGACCACCAUCUUCGGCCUCACUAGCUACUGCCCCGACUUCGCCAUGCUGGUGGUGAGCGCCAACACCGGCAUCGCCGGUACGACCCGCGAGCACCUGGGCCUGGCCAUGGCGCUGAAGGUUCCCAUCUUCAUCGUGGUCAGUAAAGUGGACCUGUGCUCCCGCGGCACCGUGGACCGGACCGUCCGGCAGCUGGAGCGAGUCCUGAAGCAGCCGGGCUGCAACAAGGUCCCCAUGGUGGUGUCGAACCCCGACGACGCCGUGACCGCCGCGCAGCAGUUCACGCAGUCCUCAUGCAUCACACCCAUCUUCACCCUGUCCACUGUGUCCGGAGAGAGUCUGGACCUCCUGAAGGUUUUCCUGAACAUCCUCCCUCCACUGAGCAACAGCAAAGAGCAGGAGGAGCUGAUGCAGCAGCUCACAGAGUUCCAGGUGGAUGAGAUUUACUCGGUUCCUGAUGUUGGGACUGUGGUGGGAGGAACUCUGUACAGCGGCGUGUGUCGGGAGGGCGAGCGGCUGGUGGUCGGUCCGACGGACGAGGGCCGUUUCCUGCGUCUGAAGGUGGGCAGCAUCCAGAGGAACCGCUCGGCCUGCAGGGUGCUGAGAGCCGGACAGGCCGCCACGCUGGCUCUGGGAAACUUUGACCGCUCGCUGCUGCGCAAGGGCAUGGUGAUGGUGAGUCCCAAGAUGAACCCGACCAUCUGCUGCCAGUUUGAAGCCGCCAUCGUCCUGCUCUUCCACGCCAAGACUUUCCGCCGGGGGUCACAGGUCACCGUGCACGUCGGCAACGUGAGGCAGACGGCCACCGUGGAGUGCCUUCAUGGAAAGGACGAGCUGCGUACGGGCGAGAGAGCCGUGGUUCGUUUCCGCUUCAUCAAACACCCAGAGUACCUGCGACUGGGCGCCAAGCUGCUCUUCAGGGAGGGCGUCACCAAAGGCAUCGGCCACGUCAGCCGCCUGCUGCCCCCCUUCCAGAACCACGACCAGAACCAGAACCACGAUCAGAACCUGCAGGAGCAUUAGAGACUCCUCCGUCCUCCAUCCUCCAUCACAGGAUCGACAGAUGUCGAGCUCCGUGAGAACUUUGACCGGUCGGACGUCAUCGAUGCUCCUCCUCCUACUCUCCCGUCACAUGUCCGCAUGUUAAUCUGUCCUGGGUCCAUAGUUUUGUCCUCAUUCCCUCCUGCUGCGAUGUUACAGAGUCCAUCAUCAUCAUCGUCGUCGUGGCCAUCUUCCUCCCAGAGGACGCUCGUGUCUCGAGUUAAAGCUGCCUGACCUCAGCGACUUAAGCCUGGUCGGUUAAUCUGAUGUUGUGCCACAGACUGAUUGAAGAGGCUCCUUCUCAUCAGAGCGGUUGUCAUGAGACGGCAGCAGGAUUAGGUUUGGGAGGAUUUGAGGAACGGUGCUUAUUUCUCCAGGGCCAGUCUCUCACUCCAGUGAUCAGUGUGCGUCGUCCCCCAGCCUCCACUCAGGAAGACGAGUGGAUGCAUUUUACUGAUGUUUCUGGACACUUCAUUUGAUUUGACAUAUUAUUAACACGUGUGUGGGAUUUAUUGAUCAUAGAGCAUAAAUUACUAAUUUGUGUCCACAAGUUUAAAAAGACUCAUUGGACACGUCCAGGACUCGGCAUGGUCCGAGAGCUCAUGUUUUCGCUCAUUGUGUGACGACGCUCUGUGUUUCUGCACUUUAUUCAGUUUUAAUCCUGAGGACGAAUCCUGUGUGUCCGGUUACUGAGGCUCUGGAUCAGUCCGUGAAACCCCAGUCCAGCCGCACGUCGGUCCAUUUUGUCUCCGGCUGCUCAGACCUUUGACUGAAAAUCUGUCGCGGUUGCUGAACGUCAGAGAAACGUUUCGGUGUAAAUGUGUCUCUGGGGAAUGAAAAGUUUCGUCAUCGAGCGGCGACUCGUCGUUUGGACACGAGGUUCUCGGCUCGUCACAGCCUCACCGCUCCGCCUGCAUCUCGUUUCCCAGUUUGUUGAGCGUCCGUUCAUGUAAACGUUUGUAGGUUUGAUGCAGCCAAACGUAACCUGCAUGCUCUUUGACCGGCAGAAAAACUAAUCCUGUCAUUUCAGGUAGAAAAUCUGUAAUCAGUGACGUGUUGACGCAGUUUUUAAUCGAAUUUUUCUGAGGUUCUGUGCAACUGUAAACCUAAAUAUCGAAUGUACUUUCCAUGGAUCCUGUGUAGCAUUUGAAAUUGCUUACUGUUCAGAUGGAGUUUCUGUUGAUUUGCACUUUUUGUUCUGAUUCUGCAUGUGUGCUGGAAGCUGCUGACCCUGUAGGACGACGUGGACGCUGUGCUGAGCGGUCGGAGUGAGGCGGCCUCACGCAAACGCUGCAGCCGAGCAUUUUGACUUUAAAGACUGGAUUUAUCUCUUUGUUUUUCCCUCCAUCAGAUCAAUAAACUAUUACAGUGGCAGUGACGCGUUGAGACCUCGUCUCUGUGGCUUUAAGUUCCUUCUCUUUUCACAAGAAGAUGUGAAAUAAUUUCAUUUUUAAUAACUGAAUUUUAUUUAAAUCGUCCUUUCUCCACAGAGCCUUAGCACAAAG